UUUUUUUUUUUUUGGGUUGAACUUCCUCUCUCCUUAUAUCCUUAUAAUUCCAAGGCCUUUCUUCACCAGAGUAAACUCAGAACUGUCAAAUGGCUCAACUACUCAACAAAACGAAGAACUCAUCCCCAAACCUCUCUUGCUUAUUCUGGUUCUUCUUCUCUCCACUUAUCCUCCUCAACCCUUCCUGUACUCAAGCCACCCAACCUCUUCCAAAUCCUAGACUCCUCAAUGCCUACACGGCCCUCCAGGCAUGGAAACAUGCAAUCAUCUCAGACCCAAAGAACUUCACCUCCAACUGGAACGGCCCCAACGUCUGCAACUACACUAGAGUCUACUGUGCCCCCCCACCAGACAACCCUAACACAACAACAGUAGCCGGAAUCGACUUAAACGACGGCAACAUCGUCGGUUCAUUACCAGAUGAGCUUGGUCUUCUCACCGACAUAGCUCUCUUCCACCUUAACUCCAACCGCUUCACCGGUGCCAUCCCCAGAAGCUUCGAGAAACUUCAUCUCCUAUAUGAGCUCGAUAUCAGUAACAAUGAAUUCACCGGUUCCUUCCCUUCUGUGGUUCUCUCACUUCCUUCUCUCAAAUAUCUUGAUCUCCGGUUCAACCAAUUCGAUGGUUCUAUUCCUUCCACCCUCUUCGAUUUGAACCUCGACGCCAUCUUCAUCAACAACAAUAAAUUCCAAUCCAACGUGCCAAAAAGUAUCGGUAACUCUCCGGCUUCUGUUAUUGUGUUAGCGAAUAAUAGAUUUAACGGUUGCCUUCCCAAUGGUUUGGGGAAAAUGGGAGGGACUCUGGACGAGAUAAAUCUCAGGAAUAUGGGUUUAUAUGGGUGUUUGCCUAAGGAGAUUGGGGAGUUAACUAACUUAACGGUUUUCGACGUCAGUUUUAACUACCUGAGUGGGCCGUUGCCGCAGACGAUGGGAGGGAUGAAGGAAUUGGAGAAGUUGAACGUGGCUCACAAUAAAAUUUCCGGUGAGAUUCCGGCGAGUAUUUGCUCGUUGCCGCGGUUGGAGAACUUCACGUACUCUUAUAAUUACAUAAGCGGAGAACCACCCCAAUGCGUCAAUCUACCCAGUAAAGAUGACCGCCAGAAUUGCAUUCUGGGGAAGUCAUCGCAAAGGUUUCCACAGGAUUGCGAGACGGUUCUAGGACACCCUUUGAACUGUGUAGUCUUUGGCUGCUCGGCAAUAAGUCCACCGCCACAGCUGCCGCCGUCACCAGCACCUACAGCGGUGGCUCCGAUGACGCCUCCACCAGUUUAUUAGAACGAUCGAUAUGAACCUAGAAAUAUGAUGCAUUGAUCGAAAAUCCUUGUAAUUCUUGUUUUCAUCAUUUGAGAUAAUAAAUUGAUGAUUUCUCAGUGA